AUGGCAGCCCCUAGGCAACGUUUACCUUUGCCCACCUUGGAAUCUCCUCCCUCUCGUCCUGGAGAAGAUUCGCCAGGAGCAGAUCUCAGCAACGAUCGUAACACCCCACUGGCUCUCAGCAGUAUGGUACCCAACGGUCAAGAUGAUGUCAGUCGCAGCCCCCUUUGCGAUACCGCGACACCACGUGCUUCCAGCUCCAGGAAACGCCCUCGACAUUCUGGCCAAGAAUCCUCAUUGGUCUUUAACAGCAUGGCGCAUAAGCGGCGCCGCCCCGAGGACGAAGGAUGCGACGACCAGCCGACCAUCAAGUACGCCACCAUUGAGGACCACGAGAUAGUGGUCCCACAUCACAAGGACGAAUCGGUCCCCCAUCGACCUCUCAUUUGCGACGUCCGCUUCCCCAAGACAACUGUCACCAGUCAAACGAUCAGCAGUCACAUCGCCGCGAUCACCGACCUACUCGGCCUCCCGCCGAACAAGACUCGACCCAAAGCCCGCGCGAUCGGCCCUGCAGGGGCCAUCAAGAAGGGCGCCCAUGUCAACGACGUGAUUUUCAACAAUUACUACCGCCUGACGCGAGCAACCGCGACCAAUUUGACGUCGUUGGUUUCUCUCAUAACUUCUGCUCUGGAUCCACAUAUAUGGUCCUGGCCCGACGGAUAA